AGUCGAUUCGCUUUAGUACGCAUUUGGCAACAUACGGGAGCGGACGCGUCGCAAUUUACUCUCCCGAGCCGGCAUUGAAAUAACCAAUUUCUAGUCGUUUACUUUGACGAUUAGAAGAUAAACCGCCCUGAAAGACAUUUAAUUUUCUCUGGACAGUAUUAAAAUAGCUUUAUAUUUUUCUACGCUAUAAGUUUGAAUAAUAUCUAUAUGUGCAAGUAUUAGUAUAAUGGCGUGGAUUUCGUCAAAUGUAUGAAGUGAAAUAAAUUAUAUUUGUUAGUAAUUUGAAGCCCGUAUAAUGUCGAAGACUUUGAAUGCCUACAGAAUAAAGAAGAUCGAAUCGCUAGGCAGGAUGACGGCGAUGACGCAGGAGGAGAUGGUGGCCGGCGCGCGCACGGUGGCCGCGGGGCUCGAGGCGCUGAGAGCCGAGCACGCCCAGCUGCUGGCCGGGCUCGCCGCCAACACCGACCACGAGCACGAGAAGGCCUCGCUGGUCAGGAAGAGCAUUGAUGCCAUUGAGCUGGGCUUGGGGGAAGCGCAGGUGAUGAUGACCCUGGCUUCCCACUUGCAACUGGUGGAGGCCGAGAAGCAGAAACUGCGCACACAAGUCCGCAGGCUCUGUCAGGAGAAUGCGUGGCUCCGUGACGAGCUGGCGGCCGCCCAGCAACGACUGCAGGCUUCAGAACAGAGGGUCGCGCAGCUGGAGGAGGAGAACAAGCAUCUGGACUUCAUGGCUUCCAUCCGCAAAUACGACAGUGACGUGACAGAAGAAGCGGACAGCAAUCGCAGCGCACAGAACGAGAGCAAGCGCGAUGACCCCAUGGUGGACCUGUUCCCCGAUGAUGACCACGAAGACAACAGGAACAACAAGUCCAUGUCGCCAACGCCACAGUCGCAAUUCGCGCAGCAAGUGAACGCGGGCUACGAGAUCCCGGCGCGGCUGCGGACGCUGCACAACCUGGUGAUCCAGUACGCGUCGCAAGGCCGCUACGAGGUGGCCGUGCCGCUCUGCAAGCAGGCGCUCGAGGACCUGGAGAAGACCUCGGGCCACGACCACCCCGACGUCGCCACGAUGCUCAACAUCCUGGCGCUAGUGUACAGGGACCAGAACAAAUACAAGGAAGCGGCCAAUCUCCUGAACGACGCUCUGUCAAUCCGCGAGAAGACCCUGGGGGAGAACCACCCCGCCGUGGCCGCCACCCUCAACAACCUGGCCGUGCUGUACGGGAAACGAGGCAAGUACCGCGAAGCUGAGCCGCUAUGCAAGCGGGCGCUGUGCAUCCGCGAGGCCGUGCUGGGCCGCGACCACCCCGACGUGGCCAAGCAGCUCAACAACCUCGCUCUGCUCUGCCAGAACCAGAACAAAUACGAAGAAGUGGAACAAUAUUAUCAACGCGCGCUGGAAAUCUACGAGAGUAAGCUGGGGCCCGACGACCCCAACGUGGCCAAAACCAAGAACAACCUCGCCUCCUGCUAUCUCAAACAGGGCAAGUACAAAGAAGCGGAGACGCUGUACAAGCAAGUGCUGACGCGAGCGCACGAGCGCGAGUUCGGCACCAUCGAUGGUGAUAACAAGCCUAUCUGGCAAGUGGCGGAAGAGAGAGAGGAGAACAAACAUCUGCAGAAAGAGAAUGCGCCCUACGGCGAGUACGGAGGCUGGCACAAAGCUGCUAAGGUUGACUCCCCCACAGUAACAACGACCCUAAAGAACCUGGGUGCCCUCUACCGGCGUCAGGGCAAGUACGAAGCAGCCGAAACGCUGGAAGACUGUGCGCUGCGCAGCCGGAAGGAGCACGUUCAGCAAGCGUUGGACAUCGUGAAGCAAUCUCGCGCGCGCAGCGCCCGCCACGGCAGCCGCGAGUCGAUCGACCCCCCGGACCACCACGACGAGCAUGAAGCGCGCAAGCUCCCUGACCGCGCUCAGUAACUCGACUAGUGGCGCCCCCAUACGGGAUUCCCCGCGGUAGCCGAGGCUGCUUCUCAAGUACACAACCUUCACCUUCGUCAGGAUCCUAGCACUGCAGACGUGAUGUUGAUGAGCACAGCAACAUAUUAUAUUCUAUUGAUGGGGCAGAUCCAUAGACAAACUUGUAUUUUAUACAGGCGUUCCCACUUGUUUUAGAUAGAUAUUACUCCGGCAUUAAAUAAUUAAUAAAAUACCCGGGUUAUAGAAAGAGAUGAUAUAAAGGUUCGCUAUAAAAAUUCGCGUUGUACGAGGAAUAUCUCUGCCAAUACGAUCUUUUUAUUCUGAAAAUAAAUGUCUAAAUUAAAUAAAUGGCUCUAAAUUACAAAAUAACACUAGUGGGAACUAAAAAUAUCUACUUGUAGACACAAAUGGUGAAUAGGCUCUCUACCAACUAAUAUAAUAUAAAAAAAAUAAAUUUAAAAAAAAUCUAAUAAAUGCUGCCUGUAUUUCUAAGUACUGCAAGCUGCGAUGUGUGUUGUGGACUAAGUGCAAAUAUGUGAGAGAUUAAUUUAGUAUUUAAUAAUCUAUAUCUAAAGCUAUCGAAACAUUCCAGAGUUCGCACGGGCGCAUUUUAUACGCAAGUGAAAAAAUAUGUUGGAUUCUAUUCCGACUAGUGAACUAAUGUAUUGGAACGUCGAAUGUCAUUUAUGUCAAAAGCGAUAAAAUACAUCUACAUUGGAGCUGUUACCGCCCAUGCGAAUGAGGGAUAUGUCCCACAACUAUUUCAUUUGACACAAUUUCAAUAUUAUAUUUAUGAUAGUGCUCUAUGUGUGGGGCGAACAUGAAGUUAAAUACACUAUCGUCGGUUACACUCGCUUAUAUGCUUGUGAUAUCAAUGUAGCCGAAACAGUAGUUUGUAGAAUGUUGAAUCUAAAAUAUAUUUUUUUUUGCAAACAGCUAACAUCUAAUAACUGUGUAAUAAAAAUAAAAAUACACAAAUCGAUAUUACAAGAAAAGUUAAUAUAUGUAAGAACACAAGCUUAUUUGCUUUUAUAGUACUUAACACUAUCACUAAUAAUAUAACUACCCAGGUAGGUAUCUACCAAAAGUGCUAUGCUUUUGUAAAGGCAUAAAAAACGACUUUUAUAAUGGUUUCUAUGUUUGUGAGUCACGCAGCAUACUAUAAGUUAGUCUAAACGUACCUAUUGAAAGUUGUUCAUGAUAUAUAUUUUGAUGGUCAAACGCUUUUCGUUUUUGCUUAUAAACGUAAUCCAUUUACACAAAGAUAAACUCUUUUAAUUUUUUUCACAAUACAUUGCACUAUUUGGUUCUCCAUUUUUAAAAGGUGCAAAAAAUAAUUUUGAUUUCAUAUUUUUGUUAAAAUUAUUUAAUGUGAAAUUCUAUGGGGCUUACAUUACUGCAUUUUAUAUCACUAUUUUAAGUAAGCAUAUUUUUACUAAAGAGACUGUGUUGAGAAUUUUGAGUUAAAAUAAAAUGUUGCGAAUUUUUA